UUGGUUGUAAGAUAACCAUAUACGAGAGAUCGGCGCAACACAAGAACUAUAAAAUACGCUCACACUGCGAAUUAUCUACACGUCCAUCCUACCUGCGUUUAAACUAUAAAACAAAUAUCUUUAUGAAUAUAUUUAAAGUGAGUUGGUGAUAUCCGCUCCGAUUCUUAUUCAAACCUGAAGUAUUUGAAAUUUGUGUAUCUAACGUGGACAGUAAUUACGUCACCGUAGUUCAUAGAAUGUGAAAUGGCUCUCGAAGAAAUCAAGUUACAACUCGGUGGAAAAUGGAAACUCGACAGAAGUGAAAAUUUUGAUGAGUUUUUAAAGGAAUUGGGACUCAAUGUGGUUUUCCGUAAAAUGGCCGGCACUGCCAAGCCUGUGAUCGAGAUUAAGAUAGAAAACGACACAGUCAAUAUCGUAUCCAAAGUCAGCUUCUUCAAUCAAGUCAUCUCCUUCAAGUUGAACGAACCGUACCAACAAAACUAUGAAGGACUGGAAAUGAACUGUAUGUCUCGGUGGGAGAACGGAAAAAUCAUAACGGAAGCAAACCCAAUCGCCGAAGGAAAGGGAAAGCCGCAGAAAUUUAUCAGAGAAAUAAGUAACGACGAACUCGUUCAGACCAUGUAUGUUGGAGAUAUUAAAUGUGUUCGAGUCUUCAAGAGAACAUCAGAGUGAAGUUACAUCAGCUGAACCAUUCAGACAUUGUUACAACUGCCUCCGCUUAUAGUCACCAUGAACCGUAAAAGACAAACCACUACAUGCGUUUUUUAAUUGUGCGCCUGGGUUCAUUUCCUAGCAAUACCACGAAGCCUUAUCACAUGUAGUUAUGUUAGUUUCACAUUAAAAUCAGACUUGGCUUGCUAAUCAUAUGUACCAACUACCCAACUCCUGCAAAUGACGGUGAUGAUAUAUAGGAAUAACCUUGUCUGUCUCGUUAAGGAGAUAUUUAAUUACUCGCUGAAGUUGAAUUUAUUUAACUUAAUCUCAUGUAUUAUGGUGAUUACAUGAGACGUAUUAUGGUUUAUCAAGGGGGCACCGAAAGUUGUUAUCUGACUUCUCAAAAUUUCCCAAUAAGCCAAAAUGAUGUUUAGCUAACUCUUCCAACUCCUAAUUCAUGGGUGGGUGUGAAAUAUUCUACUAGGACUGCAUCAAAAGAGCCCCCCCCCCCUCCCCACAGUUCAUUUACUAAAAGGGGAGGACGCUACAAUGACUGCCUCAAAACUCAAAAUAGUCUUUUCACCUAAUUCCAUUUCCAUAAGUCGUUUGGAAAUGAGACAGUCUUUUGUCUUCAUAUUACCAAUGCUCAUACUUCGCCAAUAAGCUUACUUAUAAAACGGGGUUGGGGUUCGGCAGACACACUAUGUAACUUAUGUUUGCGUUAUAAAAUAAGAAAUAAUGGUCAUUGUUUUAAAAAGGUGGGUGGGACACCCCCCCCCCCCGACUCUAUGUGCCAAUCAUUUCAUUUAUUUGGGGUUUAAAGGUCAAGCGAAGUAGAUCUCGUAUAUGACAACGGUUUCUAGUGAUUUUCUUUCACACCUAGUCACCAUUAUAUUAUUUCACACACAGAUAUGCUAUGCGAUAGGGAUGAUUAAUUCCUUUUCAUUUUAUAGUUUUUCAUAAAUACCCAGUUUGAUUUAGAUGUGCCCCAUGGUAUAUGAAUCUCGUUAGGAUAGCUUUAACUUGUUUCGUUUGUCAAUGAUUUCUUGUGAAUAGCACAUAUAGUAAAAUAAUCUUAUAAAAUGGGACGUAUAUACAUGUAUUAAACAGUUCAUUAACAUUGCCAAAGACUGAUGUGGAUAGAAAGUCAGUGGUCGAUUUAAAGGGUGUUACAGGGGAUGCAACCCUCUUUUGAUACUGCAUAUACAAGAGAAAAUGGUCUCCGCCAUCUUAGCUCCUGAAACCUCCUCCGCCCUUUCUGUGCAGAAAAGGUAUAAUAAACUUGGGUCACUACCCCCACCCCAAAUGAAACUUCUGGACCCUCUCAUGAACAAUAUAUACGGUAAUGGUCUUAAUACCCCCCAAUGAAAUGUAGCACUCUUUCAACAUUCCAGUAGAUCUGUCAAGUUUGACUUUAAUGCCAAAUGCUUUUAAAUCUGCUUAACUUCUUUUUUAUGUUGAUACAUUGCGUUACGCUCGUUUGAAUUCGUUCAAUGUGUGUUGCAUUAAGGUAUCAUAUUUGAUGCAUUUAAUUUGUUCUAUAACUGUUGAUUUUAUGACAAUAAAGUUAAAUGUAAUCUC